CCCGGCCCCGGCCCCCGCCGCGGACCGCCGCUCCCGCGCGACGCGUCCCCGACGCUCUACAUCGAGGGCGUCCCGCACGACGCGACCGUGCGCGAGAUCGCGCACAUCUUCCGCCCGUUCGACGGGUUCCAAUCCACCAGGCUCGUGAAGAAGGAGAACGUGCGCGGGCCGCUGUGUUUCGCGGAGUUCGCCGGCGCCGACCUCGCGUUCGCCGCGUUGAACACGCUGCAAGGGUACGUCCUGGACCGCGACGACCCGAAGAGCCCGGCGCUGAGGAUCGUCUUCGCGAAGAGCAAGGGGCGCGUGCCGCCUGGGAAGGGA